AAAUUGAUUUAGUUGGAGACAGAAGUGACGAAGGGAAAUUGGACAUUGAUGAUGUUCUUUGUGAAAUUGGAAGUGUCGUUCCAGAAAAUUUGAAAUUUCUCAAUCUGGGAUCAAAGGCAUGGACCUACACAAAAGAUUCGAUCAGUGAAUUUCUUGAUCAAUGUGAAACCAGGCUGAAACGUAAACCAUGUACUUUUAUUAUGG